CCGCCCGCCGCCAGCUCGCUGGGGGCGGGGGCCGCGGCGAGAGGGCGGCGAGGGGCCGCGGAGCACGGCAGCGGCCGGCCCGCCCGAGCGGGAGGAAGCGAUGAAUAUUCAGAGGGGGAGGGGAAGAGAGGGGGCCGAGCGCUCGGCGCGGCUCCCUGCAGCCGGAGCCGCAUGACGCGCGGAGGAGGCAGAGGGAGCAGCCGGGGCCGCGGGAGCCGGGAGCUGGGAGCCACGCGCGGAGGGUGGGCGCCGCUCGCUCCGCCCCGCGAAGCCCCUGCGAGUCUAAGGCCGCGGCCGCUCCGCGCCAGGCGCGCUAGGCUCCGCCGUGUGGCCGCCGCCGCCGCCGCUGCCAUGUCCCCGGGGAAGCCCGGGGCGGGCGGAGCGGGGACUAGGCGGACCGGCUGGCGGAGAAGGAGGCGGAGGCGUCGGCUGGAGACGGAGACGAGGGCGCCCGGCUUCGGGCACACGGCGGGGCGCGUCCCGGGCACGUUCCAGGGCGCGCAGGGCAUGAAGCCCGCGGCGCGGGAGACGCGGACACCCCCGCGCUCGCCCGGGCUCCGCUGGGCGCUGCUGCCGCUGCUGCUGUUGCUACGCCAGGGCCAGGUCCUGUGCGCAGGUGCGGCACCGAAUCCUAUAUUUGACAUUGAAGCUGUCGUCAGCCCAACUAGUGUGUUAUUAACAUGGAAGCACAAUGACUCAGGCGCUUCAGAAUGUAGAAUAGAGAAUAAGAUGGAGAGCAAUCUGACGUUUCCUGUUAAAAACCAGACAUCAUGUAACAUUACAGGCUUAAGCCCAGGCACUUCGUAUACAUUCUCCAUCAUCUCUGUAACAACCAAUGAGACCUUGAACAAAACUAUCACAACAGAGCCCUGGCCAGUGUCUGAUCUCCAUGUCACCUCUGUGGGUGUGACACAGGCUCGUCUCACCUGGAGCAAUGCAAAUGGCACUGCCUCCUACCGGAUGCUGAUUGAAGAGUUGACCACACAUUCCUCAGUCAAUAUUUCAGGUCUGAAGCCGGGGACCAAUAAUAGCUUCGCUUUCCCAGAAUCAAAUGAGACACAGGCUGACUUUGCAGUUGCAGAGGAGGUCCCGGCAGAUGCCAAUGGUACCAAGAGAAUCCCAGUGACCAACCUAUCCCAACUACACAAGAAUUCUCUUGUCUCUGUGGACCCACCCUCUGGCCAGGAUCCCUCCCUCACAGAGAUCUUGCUUACUGACCUAAAGCCUGAUACUCAGUACAAUGCCACCAUCUAUUCUCAAGCAGCAAAUGGCACUGAAGGACAGCCCAGGAACAAAGUGUUUAAAACAAAUUCCACCCAGGUUUCUGACGUCCGAGCUAUGAACAUCAGUGCCUCAAGCAUGACCCUGACCUGGAAAAGCAAUUACGAUGGGUCCCGUACUUCAAUUGUCUACAAAAUACACGUGGCUGGGGGGACCCACUCCGUCAACCAAACUGUCAAUAAGACUGAGGCCAUCAUCCUCGGACUCAGCUCCAGCACCUUGUACAACAUCACAGUUCAUCCUUUCCUGGGUCAGACGGAGGGCACACCAGGCUUCCUCCAAGUGUACACUUCCCCCGAUCAGGUCUCUGACUUCCGAGUGACAAAUGUCAGCACAAGGGCAAUUGGUUUGGCUUGGAGGAGCAAUGACUCCAAGUCCUUCGAGAUUUUCAUCAAGCAGGACGGAGGUGAGAAGCAUCGAAAUGCUUCGACGGGAAACCAGAGCUAUAUGGUUGAAGAUUUAAAGCCUGGAACCAGUUACCAUUUUGAGAUAAUUCCACGAGGACCAGACGGGACAGAAGGGCUGUCCAGUACAGUGAAUGGGAGCACUGACCCCAGUGCUGUGACUGACAUCCGGGUGGUCAACAUUAGCACCACUGAAAUGCAGUUGGAGUGGCAGAAUACGGACGAUGCCUCUGGAUACACUUACCAUUUAGUUCUAGAGUCUAAAAGUGGCUCCAUCAUCAGGACCAACAGUUCUCAGAAGUGGAUCACAGUAGGGAGCCUCACCCCAGGCACCUUAUACAAUGUCACAAUCUUUCCAGAAGUGGACCAGAUCCAGGGAAUCUCCAACUCCAUUACCCAGUACACACGGCCCAGCAGUGUGUCCCACAUUGAAGUAAACACCACCACCACCACGGCAGCCAUCCGAUGGAAGAACGAGGACGCAGCCUCUGCUUCCUAUGCCUACUCCGUCCUUAUCUUGAAGACUGGAGAUGGCAGCAAUGUAACCAGCAACUUCACAAAAGACCCUUCUAUUCUAAUCCCUGAGUUAAUCCCUGGUGUCUCUUACACAGUGAAGAUCCUUACACAAGUUGGGGAUGGUACAACAUCACUGGUACCUGGUUGGAAUCUGUUCUGUACGGAACCUGAACCAGUGACCUCCUUCCACUGUGAAGUGGUCCCUAAGGAGCCAGCAUUGGUUCUCAAGUGGGCCUGCCCCUUUGGCAUGUACACAGGCUUCGAGCUGGGGGUCAGGAGUGAUUCCUGGGACAAUAUGACACGCCUAGAGAACUGCACUUCGGAUGAUGACACAGAGUGCAGGACGGAAGUCGCCUAUUUGAAUUUUUCUACCUCGUACAACAUCAGCAUCGCCACCUUGUCAUGUGGGAAGAUGGCGCUUCCCGCCCAGAACAUCUGCACCACUGGCAUCACAGACCCACCUACUCCGGAUGGAUCCCCUAAUAUUACAUCGGUCAGUCACAAUUCAGUAAAGGUUAAGUUCAGCGGGUUUGAAGCCAGCCACGGACCUAUCAAAGCCUAUGCUGUCAUCCUCACCACCGGGGAAGCUGCCCAACCUUCUGCAGAUGUUUUGAAGUACACGUAUGAGGAUUUCAAAAGGGGAGCCUCGGAUACUUAUGUCACAUACCUCAUAAGAAUAGAAGAGAAGGGACAGUCUCAGGGCUUGUCUGAAGUCUUGAACUAUGAAAUUGAUGUGGGGAACCAAUCCACUACCCUCGGCUACUACAACGGGAGGCUGGAGCCUCUGGGCUCCUACCGGGCUUGUGUUGCUGGCUUUACCAAUAUUACCUACAACCUUCAGAAUGACGGCCUCAUCAAUGGGGAUGAGAGCUAUGUGUCUUUCAGUCCAUAUUCAGAGGCCGUGUUCUUGCCCCAGGACCCAGGUGUCAUCUGCGGAGCAGUGUUUGGAUGUAUCUUUGGUGCCCUGGCCAUCACAGCUGUGGGAGGCUUCAUCUUCUGGAGAAAGAAAAGGACAGAUGCCAAGAAUAAUGAAGUGUCCUUUUCUCAAAUUAAACCUAAAAAAUCCAAGUUAAUCCGAGUGGAGAAUUUUGAGGCCUACUUUAAGAAGCAGCAAGCUGACUCUAACUGUGGGUUUGCAGAGGAAUAUGAGGACCUGAAGCUGAUUGGGAUAAGUUUACCUAAAUACACAGCUGAGAUAGCCGAGAACAGAGGGAAGAACCGCUACAACAAUGUUCUGCCCUAUGAUAUUUCUCGAGUCAAACUUUCAGUCCAGACCCAUUCGACAGAUGACUACAUCAAUGCCAACUAUAUGCCUGGCUACCAUUCCAAGAAAGAUUUCAUUGCCACACAAGGACCUUUACCCAACACUUUGAAAGAUUUCUGGCGUAUGGUUUGGGAGAAAAACGUAUAUGCCAUUGUUAUGUUGACCAAAUGCGUGGAGCAGGGAAGGACCAAAUGUGAGGAGUACUGGCCUUCCAAGCAGGCUCAGGACUACGGGGACAUAACUGUGGCGAUGACAUCAGAAGUCGUUCUUCCAGAAUGGACCAUCAGAGAUUUUGUGGUGAAAAAUAUGCAGAAUAGCGAGAGCCAUCCUCUGCGGCAGUUCCAUUUCACCUCCUGGCCUGACCACGGUGUUCCUGACACCACUGACCUGCUCAUCAACUUUCGGUACCUGGUCCGGGAUUACAUGAAGCAGAUACCCCCCGAGUCACCAAUUCUGGUGCAUUGCAGUGCUGGGGUUGGAAGGACGGGCACUUUCAUCGCCAUCGAUCGCCUGAUCUAUCAGAUAGAGAAUGAGAACACCGUGGACGUGUAUGGGAUUGUCUAUGACCUUCGGAUGCACAGGCCUCUGAUGGUGCAGACAGAGGACCAGUAUGUUUUCCUCAAUCAGUGUGUUUUGGAUAUUAUCAGAGCCCAGAAAGACUCAAAAGUUGAUCUCAUCUAUCAGAACACAACGGCAAUGACAAUCUAUGAAAACCUCGAGCCAGUGAGCAUGUUUGGAAAGACUAAUGGUUACAUCGCCUAGUUCCAAAGCAAACCCUUUCUGAAGCUAACCGGACCGUCACACCCACAGUGAAGGAGAGCGCCCUGACGGGACAUGUUUUAUAUGUCUCCUUUCUCAGUUCUUUGUUCUGUUCUGUUAGAACUACUUGGAGGGCAUGGGGCUGUGCGUGCAAAAGCAUGGCAGAUAGCCAGUGGGGUGUCAGGGGCUGUGGACGGGUGGUGUGGAAAUCAGCUGCCUUCCUGAUCACUAAUGGGAUGGGUUCACUUUUUGUUUUUUUCCUUGAGAAUUGUGGAAAACCAGGAAAAGUGAGCUAUGUUUUGUUUUCCAAACUGGUUUGUUCUCCUCUUUUCUCCCCUUGUCUCCCCCCUCUCUCUCCCCCCUACCUCUCUGUUUUUUUUUUUUUUCAAGACUUUUAUAUGAUUCACAUGCUAAAGCCAGGAUUAUGUUGGGUUGAAUAUAUUUUAAGUAUCAGAGGUCUAUUUUUACCUACUGUAUCUUGGAAUCUAGCCGAUGGAAAUGCGUGACUGUGGGUGUUUCUCACGCAGGGAGGGGCACAUGGCGCCUCUUCUGCGUGGGUUUCUAUUUGAACAUGUGCCUUUUCUGAAUUAUGCUUCCAUGGGCAAAACUCAGUAGAUGUCUCUAUUUUUAUAUUGAAUCUCAGAAUUGGAAUAUACAGACUAUUUAAGCAGUAGCUUAGCAUCAGAGAGUCGCCUCCUCAGUAACAUUCCGGCUCCCAUUCGAUUAGAGGAGGCUCUCUCUGCGGCCCACCCUUGACACACGUUUGUGCCCCACAGUCCCCUUCCCUUUCUUUCUUUUCCCCUCCCAGUUUUCGCCAAAGACUUGUGUUGGUGAGAUUUUCAUCCCAUUGGUUGGGUGAGAAUAGAAAUGUAAACCAUCAUCAUGAGACUCUCUGUGGGUGGGGGUGGGGAGGAAGAGAGGAAUCAACAUACCAUGGUGUGCACCCCUUCUCAUCCCGUCUCCUCCUUUCUCUCCUUUCUGUCUUUGGUAAGAAGGAUUAUUUAAAGGUGCAAUAUGUGACGUAGUGGUUCACGAUGCUCUGGGUUCUUAGUAAUGUUUUACUCAGGUUGUCAUUUUAUGUAUGUGUGUGUGUCUGUGUGUCUGUGUGUGUCUCUGUGUGUUUUAUAGCGUGGUGAUCUGUGAACAUUUCAGUGUGAACUCAGAAUAACCCCUUUUCCCCUCGAAGUCCACUGGCUUUAGUCUAUCUGCAGUGACACACAUCAGUAUCUACUGUAUAUAUAAAUACUAAACUCUUACACCAGUCAUUCCUAUGAAUUGAGGUGUACAAAGUUUGAUUUGUAUCAAAGAUGUAAUUAUUAUUUUUAAAACCUCUUUUCACUACACUGCUGCUGUAAUUACUUUGAAUUUUUAAAGAAAAAAAAUGUAGUUUUUUUUUUUUUUUUGGCUUCAGGUGUGUAUUCACCAAGAAUUUCAGAAUUUAUGUGGUUUUAUUUUAUUGGUACAUAAUCUGUAAACUUCUCAAGGCAUUAACAUGACAAGAUUUGUGUCUUUUAUUUUAUCUUGUGGCUCAGGUUAUAUUUGAAGAAGUUUCAAGUUUAUCUUCUAGUAGGCAAUGAAGUCUAUAUAAGGUCUUAUGAAGGAAUCGCCAGGUCCCUGGACUCCUGUGGCUGUUUUCCACAGUAACAACACAUCCUGCUGUAUGUUUGGGACAAUGGUAUCCUGUUGAAGAUGAGGGUGGGUCUUCUCCAAGGACCUGGCCACUGUGGGCCCCGGAACUGCCUUCUGAUGUUCUGCCUUCUCUGUUCCUCGUGUCACCAGCACUUUGAUGGCUGACUGGACCUGAUCAUGAGUAUUUGUAGGGUUAGAGAGGGUGACCCAUAAUUGAAAGUCCCCUGCUGUGUUUCAGCGCUGUAGUGCUGUGGUGUGUACCCCCCCCCCCCUUUUCCUUUGCGGUACUGAAAGGAUUGAAAGAAGAGGGUCAUGGCAUUGUCAUGCUUUGGGGGAGAAUUUUACUUCUCACAUGGAAACUGCACUUUUUUUUUUCUAAAUCCUUUGCAUUUUGAUGUUCAUUUAGUGUACAGCCCUACAGAGAAUGGGCUGGCCCAGGUAGCUUGGGCCCCUUGACUCAACUUCACUGGGGAACUUGACUCUGCAGUUGUGAAUCAGGGAAGCCAUGCUGUCUCCAGGUGUGGAGUGAAGCUGACCUUGGGCUCAUUAUUUCCAAAUGCCCUGUCAGGUCUGUCUAGGAUGUGCUGACUUCGGGGUGCUAUACAGAGGGGCCUGUCCUGGCAAUAGUUCUGUGCACCACCUCUCUGCCUCCUCAGUUUGUUAGGAACCAUUGUAGAGGGUGGUGAGGGGUCCAAUCCCAUGCAGCGCCUAUGCCCUGCCUCAUCUGCCAGAAAGCAUGAGGAAAGGACUUGCCCCUAAAGUAGUCCUGUAGAAGAUUAGAGUCCCUUAAAAAAAUCAAAGCAACAUAAUCAUAAUCACACCAUAUAAAAUUGCAAAACCCAGAGCCGUCUCCACUUCUUCCCGUGUGGGUCUGCAAAGUCUUUAGGCCUCAGCCCCAACAAGCCAUUCCCAGUCCCAGGAGGAAGGCUAGUGGCAGAGAGGUCUGGAGUUCCAAAUGGGCAGGUCACAAGAAGGUCACCAUGCCAUUCCACAUCUGGAGGAGGACUGUGUGGUGGAGUUUGCAUAGCACAGCCAUUGGAAAGGGAAGAUUAAUGACAGAGGCUAGGGUUGGCCAGAGGCAGAAGGCCCUUCUUACUGUCUGCCCCAAGCCCUCAGUGGAACUGUGAACAAAAGUUGGAAGAGCCUGGAGAAAUUUGAAUGAUGGAGUUCCCCCGCUAAGACACUGAGAAAAGCAGCCAGGAUGAGACUUGCUGUCAGUGAAAGGGCUACAGACUGGUGGUCAACUGCUUUGGAGGACUUGAGCCAUUGACUGGUGUCUUCUAAGGAGAAAAAGGCUUUGCCACCAGAGCUGAAUCUAGCAACGAUUGGCACCAGUGGGACAUUUGGUGUCCAUUCUCUGAGGCCACUUUGUGAUCUCCAGCCAGACUUUGGCACAAUGGACCUGCUGGCUUUGUGCUUUGUGAAGUUGGAGGCUCUGGGGGGUGGGGGUGGGAGUGGGGAGGAAGCAGGGAAGGGUCAACUAUGCAGCUGGUUCAUUCAUACUUGUUUUCUGGGAUGGAGAAGCCUGGAAUUAUCCCCCACCCCCACCCCCGAAAUGCUUGAUUGUGCUUGUUGAGCUAAACAAGCCGGUGACUGAAGCUAGUUCACCUCAAAACAGAGUUGGGAUGCCGCAUUUUUCAGAUUGCUGCGUAGCAACUGUGUGUUUAACACCUGUGGCUUUUUCUCCCUGGGGCACAGAAUAGAAGUGUUGAUGUGGACUCUAAACUGUACUUUUCUUGUAACUAUUUUGGAAUGAUGCACAUUUCUAAUGUCUGUUAUACUUGUACAGAGUAUUGCUCUUGGUUGCUUUUUUUUUUUUUUAAAGGAAAAAAAUGGCCUGAAAAACUUUUUUUUUAAAGACUUACAAAUACCAAAUAUAAAAAUAUGUCAACACAUUAUGUCUUCGAUUGAUUCAUUUCUCUCUGUCUCUGUCUCUCUCACUCUCUCGCUCUUCUGCCUCUCUCUCCCCCCUCCCCCCUUAUUUUACAUCUAUACCACUUACCAUGUACUUCACUGGUUUUGUUUUAUUUGACCAGGGAAUCCUUAGCAAGAUCAUGUUUCCACUGGAAUUUUCUAUAUUGCUUUUUAUGGCUACUGUUUCUGAUACCACAGACUGGGUGGUUUAAGCCAGAAGAAUUCUAUUUUUAUAAUCUGGAAGCUGGAGAUCCGAGAUCAAGGGCUGGUAGGGACUCCCUCCUGGUAUGGCCUCUUCCUGUCCAUAUAUGGCCUUUCCUUUAUACAGGUCUGAGGAUCCUAGCGAUGCUGGUUAUGGCCUUAUGCGCAGCAUCUCAUUUUACCUUCUUUGCUACUGAGAUCCCGUCACCAAGUAGAGUCACAUUCUGAGCUAUGAGAGGUUUAUACCUCAGGACGUGGCAAUGUGGGUGCAUGGGGCUAAUUGUGUGUUUCUUAGUUUGGUAGAGAGAUAACCUCACCUUAGGAGGCCCCCAGAAUUUUUAGGGGGUCUUCUGUUGAUGUUUCUGAGGAAUCUCAAAAUUGUUGGGCUACUGUGACAAUCUGAUAGAUCAGUGGUUCUCAACCUUCCUAGGGCUGCAACCUAUUAAUACAGUUCCUCAUGCUGUGGUGACUCCCUCAAACAUAAAAUUAUUCUUGCUGCUACUUUGUAACUUUAAUUUUGCUACAGUUAUGAAUCCAUGUUUUCUGAUGGUCUUAGGUGAACCCUGCAGAACGGUCAUUUGACCCCUCCAAGGGGGUCACAACCCAUCGGUUGAGAACCACUGUGGUAAUACUUUAAUUUCGUCUUUUGUGUCUCCUGAUACAAAAUGGUUUUGGGGGUUAAGAUAGGGCCUCAUGUAAUCCAACCUUCUAAUCCUCUUGCCUCUACUUUCCGAGUUCUGGGAAUAAGCAUGUGCUAUCAUUCCCCACACCAUUUUUUUUUUUUUUUGAGUUAUUUAAUGGGAAAUAAAACUUCAGUGUAAUUUCUUUUA